UGACCUAACUAGACUAGCUAAAAUUGUUGCAUAGGAGCACGUGGCACCACCUUCAGGGCCACCGCAUCCUUAUAGAUCUACGGGAUCCUGCUUUACAACCAGAACAGUAAACAAAAGUGAAAAGAACACAGGAUGGGAGUUUCAAGUCUACUUCUACUGACAUUGAUUGUCUUACUCAAUUCCACUGCUGGUAUGGCUCAAGCCCAAUGUUUCAGUACUGAGAUAUUUGGUUGCAGUGGUACCAGUGCAGGAUUCAGAGCCUCAGGUCAGGACUGCUGUGAUGAUGGAUUCUUGGCUUUCAAUGCAGGAGGCGAUGUCUGUGAAUUGUGCUCAGGCAAUGUGCUUUGCUCGGCUAACCUUGGCUGCACUGCUGCCUUUGAGCCCAGUCAAGCUCAGGGUCGUGGCGAGUGUUGUGCUACUGGUGGAGGAGUGGCUUACACAUACAGUGCAGGAUUAUGUGUACCAUGUCCCACUUCCAUCACCGGUUGCUUCACUGGGAACCAGUGUGGUGGAGAUAACAUCUCUCUCACCUCGACUGAGUCAGCUGCUGCUCAAGUCAGAGAGUGCUGUGUCAGCACAGCCGGACUCUCCUACAACCUACUGGGACAAUGCAUCAUCUGUGUCGUGUUUGGAUUUCUUGAUGAGAGGCUAGAAGAAGAGGAGAGGGGACAAGGCUAUACGGUUAGUAUUGGCUACAUCAAACGACCUGCCUCGGUUACCAACCUUAUCAGAGGAAACAUCGCUGUAGCUGAUAAUGGGACUGCAGACCCGGUCACAGAUUUUCUGAUCAGUACCGAGAGAUACACAGUUCGUCCUGGUGUGAAUCAAGAUAUCAUUGUUACGUAUCUAGUGGACAGUGUUGCUCAAGAGCCCAUGGAGUCUGCCCAACUGCAACUGAGUAUCCGUACAACACCACCUAGGGGAUUACUGACACGUGACACAUUUGAGCUGGCUAUCAUCGACAGUGACAUGGUGAUAUUCCAGCUGACUGAGAACGAUUAUCGAUCCAGUGAAAGUGAGCUUCAAAUCAACGCUCAAGUGAACAAGAAUCUCCGUAUUGCCAGUCGAGUCGUGUUGGAGGUUACUCCGUACACUGUAAUAGACGCCUUGAUAGCUGGUAUACCUGCACUACCCAACGUACUAGCUGAUAACAACAUUCGCUCCCCCAAUCGUGCUCUAAUCACACCUGAACGUCAAGAUUUCAAUAACAGUGUGAUUACUGUCAUUUUUGAAGCUGACGAAUUUGGUAACCAAGUGAACGAUGUUCUGGUUCCAGUGCCAAUAACUGAUGAUGAUAUUGAUGAGGCUCAAGAUGAAAUGUUUGUGAUUGACCUCACUCUUCAGUCGUCUAUAAAUUCUCAGAUUUCGAUUGAUUGUCGAAGUUCACUGGCUAGAAUCAACGAUGAUGACGACCUUCAAAUUGGUUUCCAGUUUGCAAGUUAUGACUUCAAUGAGCCUCAAUUUGAGGAAGAGAUUUCCGGGGUGGUGUUUCUGGAAAAACAAAAUGAUCGAAUCUCUGAACAAAGUUAUGUGGUUAUUGUCGGAAUCAAUGAAGCCACGCCCAAUGGAAAUAUACGAGCAGCCACCCUAUCCACUGCAGACGCAAAUAAUGACUAUGUUGUAAGCCAACCUGGAGAAAAUACAAUUGUAUUAGAAUUUGGACCAAAUGAACAAGUAUUGGAUUUCCGUUUUGUACUCUUCCCCGAUGAAAUUGCCGAGGGUAUGGAAGCUUUCCAAGCGAGUUCCCAGCCUUCUGAAAAUCCACUGCAUCCAUCGUUUACUGCUCCCAGUGCUAAUGUCCUGUUCCCCUCUACGUUCAUUGUCAUCGCAGAUGGUGAUCCCAUUGCGUGUCUUCCCCUCGAUUCUAUUACCAAUGGAGUCAUCACAUACGCUACCGACACCACACCUAACUAUGAUCUGGGCACUGUGGCUACUUAUGCCUGUGAUGCUGGGUUUGUUCUGGACCUCUCCCUAGGGGGAUCUAUGACUAGAACUUGUGUGGAUGAUGAUGGACUGGAUGCUAUUGGAGAGUUCAAUAACCAAGCUCCAAGAUGUAUCGCCAUUGAGUGUCUUCCCCUCGACUCUAUUACCAAUGGAGUCAUCACAUACGCUACCGACACCACACCUAACUAUGAUCUGGGCACUGUGGCUACUUAUGCCUGUAACCCUGAGUUUGUUCUAGACCUCUCCCUAGGGGGAUCUAUGACUAGAACUUGUGUGGAUGAUGAUGGACUGGAUGCUAUUGGAGUCUUCGAUAGGCAGGCUCCAAGAUGUAUCGCUAUCGAGUGUCGUGUUCUGCCUGUUUUCACCAAUGGAAUGAUCGUCUAUGCCACAGACGUGACAUCUGACUUUGACCUCGGUACCACAGCAACUUAUAGCUGCAAUGAGGGCUACACUUUAUAUCUCUCUAUUGGUGUUGAAGUGAGGACGUGUAUUGACGAUGGAGACAAUGAUACUGUGGGAGUGUUUAGUGACCUGGAGCCUGCUUGUGUUCGCAUUCAGUGCACCCCUUUAUCUGGCAUAUCAAAUGGCAGGAUUGAAUAUGAUCCAGACAUGACUCCUAACUACAUGCUCGGGACAACUGCCACUUACAUUUGCAACAACGGGUUUUUCUUGGACUUAUCUGCCGGAAAUGAGGUCAGAACUUGUGAGGAUGAUGAUGGAUUGGACGAUCUAGGAGAGUUCACUGGCUCACAACCAACCUGUGUCCCUAUUGAGUGUCCUCCCCUCGACCCUAUUACCAAUGGAGUUAUCACGUAUGCUAUCGACACCACACCUAAGUAUGAUCUGGGCACUGUGGCUGCGUAUGACUGUGAUGCUGGGUUUGUUCUGGACCUCUCUCUAGGGAGAUCUGUGACAAGAACUUGUUUUGAUGAUUUGGAUAAUGAUGCAGAGGGAAUGUUUAACGGACAGAAACCAAGAUGUAUCCCUAUCGAGUGUCCUGUUCUGCCCGUUUUCACCAAUGGAAUGAUCGUCUAUGCCACAGACGUUACCCCUAACUUUGUUCUCGGUACUACAGCAACUUAUAACUGCAAUGAAGGCUACACUUUAGAUCUCUCUAUUGGUGUUGAAGUGAGGACGUGUAUUGACGAUGGAGACAAUGAUGCUGUGGGAAUGUUUAGUGACCAGGAGCCUGCUUGUGUUCUCAUUCAGUGCACUCCUCUACCUGACAUACCAAAUGGCAGGAUUGAAUAUGGUCCAGACACGACUGCUAACUACAUGCUCGGAACAACUGCCACUUACAUUUGCAACAACGGAUUUUUCUUGGACCUAUCUGUCGGAAAUGAGGUCAGAACUUGUGAGGAUGAUGAUGGGUUGGACAAUCUAGGAGAGUUCACUGGCUCACAACCAACCUGUAUCCGCAUUCAGUGCACUCCUCUACCUGGCAUACCGAAUGGCAGGAUUGAAUAUGGUCCAGACACGACUCCUAACUACAUGCUUGGGACAACUGCCACUUACAUUUGCAAUGACAGGUUUCUCUUGGACCUAUCUGUCGGAAAUGAGGUCAGAACUUGCGAAGAUGAUAAUGGAUUGGACGGUCUAGGAGAGUUCACUGGCUCACAACCAACCUGUGUCCCUGGUUGUGAAGCGGAGAUAUACCAGAGUCAUUCUUGGCCCAACACGGCACUAGGGUCUACUGCGCUGUCCCCUUGUCCAUGUGUUGAAGUAUUGGGUGUUUUGGCAGGGAAUGUCAUCAGACAGUGCUCUGGGUCAAUCAGUGAGGGAGGGAUGUGGAAGGAUGAGCUUGACCUCAGCAGCUGUGAGACUACACUUUCAGACAUAUCCCGGGAAUUGUGUGAGAUUGCACUAGGACUCUCAUCAAAUAAGACAACUCAAGCAUCCAAUCAGAUUGCCAACAUCACAUCCAAUCCACAAAAUCUGGCUGCAAGUCAAAUCUCCUUGGUUACUACAAUAGUAGAGCAAGUAGCAGAAGAAGCCGCUUUCAACCAAGAGGUGAGGGACAACUAUCUUCAAACAAUCAAUAAUAUACAGCAAGCCAAUGCUGACGUCAUCUAUGAGAGCCAGCUGGCAAUGAAUUCAUCAACAAGGAUUCUUGCAAGCCUCGAAACAUUUCUGGACAAUCUCAAUAUUUCAACUGUUUCCAGAAACUCCACAAGCAAUCAGACUGUUCUCAGUUUCGAAACAUUUGCUAUCACAGUACAAGAUUUAGACCCUAACAGUUUCCAAGGCCAGACAUUCGUUGUUGGUUUAGGCCCUGUCGAAGCGGCAGUGAACAAUACUGGCAUCAUUGAUCAAGAUGCUUUGAUGACAGCUAAUGAUUACAUGACUGAUAACAGAUCUGAUAUUGAUUCUCUUAGUGAAGACACUGAAAACUCAACUGCCUCUCUACGAUUAAGCCCUUUAAUUCUUGAAGAAUGCCCUACAACAAAUCGUUCACUUCGGCAGAGAUUAAGUUACUCUGUUUUUUUGUCUGAUGUACUUUUCCUUCCUGAGAACAGAAGUACUAGUCAGGUGGGAUCUAUUGUAGUGGCUGCAAGACUAGCUUGUCUGCAGACCAACAAGACAGUGCUCACAGUGCCAGUACGGACUAGCUUUCUGAUCAGGAUGACGGAUAAUAUCGAAAACAGCAGCUGUGCUGUGUAUAAGACUCAAGAUCAGUUUGGAGCUUGGGACACUGCUGGAUGUAGAGAGAUAACCAGUUCCAAUGGGAGAAAAGAUUGCGAGUGCAGACAAUUGGGCCACUUUGGAAUACUCUUUGAUUUGAAUCCAACUGCAUUGCCUGAAAAUCUUUCAAUUGCUUUGAGCACCAUCACAUACAUUGGCCUGGGCUUGUCUGUAGUGUGUCUCCUGGUGUUCAUAUUCACCAUUUUUGUCAGCAAGAAGCUACUCGCUGAUAAACAGAAUCAAAUCCUCAUCAACAUGAGUAUUUCACUGAUAUGUCUGUACUUCACCUUCCUCAUUGGAGGGUUCACUGUUGGUGUCCCACCUCUCUGUGGGGUCAUGUCUGCCCUCCUGCAGUACUUCUUCCUAGUGUUCUUCUCCUGGACGGCUGUAGAAGCUGUCUGGCUCUACCUCAAACUGGUAGUGGUAAUGGGAUCUCAGUCUCUCACCUCCAAGUUCAUGCUGAAGGCUGGACUCCCCGCUUGGUUACUGCCCUUUAUGAUUGUUGUCAUCAGUGCGGGGGCGGGACAUCAGUACUACACCAACCCAUACUACUGUCGUCCUACUGAAUGGCCUUUCUAUUUUGGAUUCAUUCUUCCUUUUGUCAUUAUCUACGUAUUCAACUGGAUUGUUUUUGUUGCCAUCAUGGUGUCCAUUUGCAAGCAUUUUAGAAACCUGCAGUCACUAAACGAGAGCUCUGUACGUCAACAGUUGAGGAAUGUUAAGAAGAACUUGGUCAUUGCAAUGUGCCUAUCGGUUGUACUUGGUCUGGGUUGGGGCCUUGGACUAGUAUCAACAAGCUCUGGUCUUGUGGAGCUGUCAUUCACAUUCCAAGUGAUAUUCUCGAUCUUUGUUGGCUCUCAAGGUGUGCUGGUUUUUAUUCUUUAUGGUCUUCGAAGCGCUGACUUCCGCCAGACAUGGAUAAAACUUUUUAGUGGCUGUAGAUCAAACACUGAUAACUUUGUGUCUUCUGAGAAAGGAAGCACUAAUCCACGAGAUAAUUCUAGCACUGUCGGAGUGGAGUUAUCGAGCAUGAACACAUUACCAAGCAAGCAGUGUUCCCCACGCAAUGAAGAAAAGAACUAACUUUUAUUAUAAAGGAGACAAGAUAAAGUACUUGAGUUUGUAGCUACUUAACUAUUAAAUAGAAGGUUGACAGUAUCGUAUAAUAUUGUUGUACUGAAUGGCUUGAUUUCAUGCACUUCCUUUUUGUGCUUAAUUUAUAAUGUGAGAACGCAUAAAAUAAAUUAUUGCAAUG